AUGUUAAUAGAUUCACUUCCAAUUGACUUAAUAGUUUAUAUAAUAGAAACUGGAGAUUUAACAAUUAAAGAUGUUUUCAAUUUAUAUCAAUUAGAAAGAUCAUUAAGAAAUUCCUUUAGUGUUUACUUUUGGAUCAAGAUUUAUGAUAUCUUUUGGAAUAGACCCAUGGCUCCAUAUGGUCUUAAAAUAACACCACAAUCUAAGUCACCAUAUGAUCUCUGUAGAGAUCUUUAUCAUAGAUACUUAAAGUUUGAGAAUGAUCUUGUGCGAUAUAAUCCAGAUCAAGAAGAGGGAGAAGUUAUUGAAAAUUUCAUUGUGAACUAUGGAAUGAAUGAAGUUUACUUGCCUGUUUUAUUACACUUUCUAAACAAAGAGCAACAAAACUAUGAAUCAGCCAUCAAGAAGAAAGAGCCUUAUAUUGAUAUAACGAAACUUUCCUUAUUAACCAAUCUUAUUCAAAUGCAAACUUUCAGCCUUGGGUAUAAAAAUAUCAUCAAAUCUAUGAAUUCAAAAGUUAUUUCUUCAUAUGAAGCAAUUUGGUUUAAUAUAAGUCUAUUAAAUAAGUCAAGUUAUAGAAUGGUAACUAGAAGGCACAAAAAUCUCAAACAAUUACAAUUAAAGCUAAGAAGAGUGUUAACUCUUGAAUCUCCGAAUUUCAGAUCUUCAACCGAAUCAUUCACAUCGAUCUUCCUGGAUAAAUCCAUUAGAUCAAACCAGAUAUUACAUUUUGAAUUUGAAAAUAAUAAUGAUUAUCUUAAUCUUAUAGUGAAAUUAAUUAUUGCUGUAUUACAUUUUUUCAAAUUUGAUUCUAUUCAUUCAACGGAACAUUCAUAUAUUGAAGAUUUCGAUAUUUUAAAAGUUUAUCUGGGUUAUUGUAAAGGAGACGAAAUGAUCAAAUAUUCAAUCAUUAUGGAAGCAAUUCGAGAUGCCUUAGCAUCAUGUCGAAUUGAUAUAGGAGGAAAUCAAGUAUCACUAUCCCACAUGGCAGUUACCAGAUUUGGGAUAAGGAUUAAUAAGGAUUAUCAAGUAAUUAUACUGAAUGCACCCCAUCGGAGCUUUAAGAUUGAGGUUCUUAGCUCUUAUGAACUCAAAAGACAUAUACGAUUAACAUAUAACUUAUCCCCGGAGAAAAUUGAGAAGUACUGCCAACCAUUACUGAUUAAACAUAUACUAAGAUCGUAUAUGACCAUUAAUAAAGAUUCGAUAAAAAGAAAUCAAGACCUUCUAGCCGAUGGAAAUCAUCAGAAAAUUGUACCUAGCGAAACCUACCACAUCCACUUCUUACAAAACAGUGUAAUUUAUGAUAUUUUGCACCCAGAAGAAAAUCGACAGUUAGAAUUGUUUUCCGACUCCCAUUAUUUGAUCUAUAGAACUCUUUUCAAAGCACUUGCUAUAGAUACAAUUGCGGGAUCUUAUCCACUGCUUAAGAGAUAUAAUUGUGAUGGUGGUAAUGGCGCAGAAAGCUUCAAUGUUGGCUCAAUAGUAGUCAAUAAAAGAACAAACUCAAUUGGGAUUGUGUUGAACAAAUGUGAUGAUUAUUAUCGAUUGCUAACCAUCAAAAGAGACAUAGAAAAAGUUUCAUCAAUUCGAAAAUUGAAUACAAAUGAAUUAACUAAUGAGAGAUUGUUAUUAAUUAUUGAAUUAAUUGGAUUAGAUAUUCUUGGAUUAUAUUAUUUCAAAGGUAUCUCCUUUGAUUCUGAUGAUAACUUAAGAUUCGUUCCUUAG